AUGGAAGAUGACGCAACACAACUCGUUAUACAGCUUGAAGACAAUCUUGGGUUGGGAGAGGUACGCAAUGGAAUCCCUCUCAUUGGUGUCCUUAUGACUGACAAAUUCCCUAACCAAGGCGCAAUUAAGGGGAUAUUGAGGAAAUCUUGGGAGCAAAUGGGCGAGGUCAAAAUUUCGGUAGUGAAGGACAAUCUGAAUACACUGCAUACACUGCAUCACUUUGAGGCCAUAUGGCAAAGGAGCCACGUAAAGGAGCCAUGUAAAGGCUCGUCUGAAUACACUGCAUCACUUUGA